GAAAAAGAAUUUGAAAUGACAAAAAAAUUAUACUAUCGUGCAUUAAGAAUGUUUGACCAUCUUAAUGCCUUCAUUGAAAGAGAGAAAAGUGAAUUUACUUUUGUUCCACGACUUAAUAUGGAAAAUUACAAAAAUCAUAUUUGUCAGUUGUUGAAAUUUGCAAAAGAUUAUGAAAACGAAUAUAAGAAUAUGCUAAAACAUGAGUAUAAUAAUAAACAAAAGAUAAAGAAGUUAAAUUAUAAGUUACUGGACCAUAAUGAUAUAACCAAAAUGCAUGAAAUUUUAAAAGAAAAGGAAAGUAAGCGAUUUGAAUUAGCUCAUAAUUUAACGAAAGAAACCGAAAAUAUCCUUCAGGAAACAAAAAAUUAUACAGAAAAUGCACUCGAGGAGUUUAAAGAAGGAAUUGAUGAUUGGCUUAAAGAACGAAAACAUGCUGCACAAAAAGAGUUAUUCCUCGCUAUUCUUGAUUUAUCUUUUAGUGUUGGUAAAGUUGUUAUUCAGCCCGGAGGUGUACUCAAUUUUGUUGAUACUGUAAAAAAAGUAUCUAAAUCAGUUCAAGAUGUCAUUGAACAUAUUAAUAUAGAAAACAUUAAAGCCCUUGAAACUAAAGAUCCCAAAGGAAUCAUGCUACGUAAUGAGCUGAAAUCAACUAGGGAUAACAUUGAUGAACUGCGUGAAAUCAUAAAAUCGUUCGAGCAAAAUAUUAAAGGUGCAGACGAAUAUUUGAAGUCUUUAAUAGAUUUUAUUAACUUAAUUUAUGCUCACAUUGAAGCAAAGAUCGAAGAAAGCGAAAGGUCUAAAGAACUUUCAGGAAUUGAAUUGCAAGUAGAGACGUGCAAAAAAAUAGAAGAACGACUUGAGCAAAGGAUUAAGUUAGAAAAUAAAUCUCAAGAUGACGAGAUUAAACUUCUACUGUUCGAACACCUUAUCGAUAUCAAAUAUUGUAUGACAUUAUUCAUGGAAAAGUAUCGUUCCGCUUAUAAAUAUUGGACUCUCUCCGAAUCCAAAUUAGAGCCUUCAGUUAUUAAUGAAUUCAAUGAAUCAGUUAUCAAUAAAAUGUUUGAAGAUCUCGAUGAUGCCUUUAAUGAUAGACCUCGGAUAAAAGAUGCUACUUUUGAAUUUAAAGAAACAUACAUUGAUGAAUUUAAACACAAUCAUUCGGUAAUAAUUGACUUUCCGUUGGAUUGUGAUGAAUUAAAAAACUACGCUCGCCUAAGGCUUCAUGCAUUUAGGAUAUACUUAAAAGGAGUUGGAUCCAUAAAUGAAUCAAUCGGUCUUUAUAUUAGUCACUCUGAUACAUUUGCUGACAGAGAUAAGAAGAAUAAUAAAUAUUAUUUUAAAUCAGAUCCUAAAAAAGAAGGAUUUGAAUACAAAGUAAAUAAAGAUCAUUCAGCAGAAUCUGAUAUAAGCGAAAAAUACAAAAUAGUUUUCGAUAAUAUCUAUUAUAAAUUGGAGGAUAAAGAUUAUUCUUUUGCUCCAACACCAUUUAGUCAAUGGACAAUUAGUCUUUAUCCAGAUAGCAAAUGUGAUCUGUCCAGUCUAGAAUCAAUUAUUAUUUAUUUGAAAGUAUACUGUUUUGUGAUUUAA